AUGUUCCAGAACACCAAGCAAAUUCUACCAACUCUCUGUUACCACUUCAUCAAAGGGGUCUACUUCAUCAGCUCGCAGUGUGUUGUCGUUCCAGUCUUCAUAACGCUGCAUUUGUUACUAUGGCCGUUGAAAUUUCUACAACCAUCGACUUACUGGGCCAUUGAUGUCCAUUUAUUCAAGGCAGUAAUGGGAGUUGUGUCAUCAUGGUUUUACACAGACGGCGUCGUCAUUCAAGAAUCUGGGGAUUCUUUGGAAAAGAUUUUGGACGACGAAGCUCUGCUGAUGUGUAAUCACCAAUCUACUGCCGAUAUCGGAAUUAUCAUGCAGUCACUUCAUCCAAAAGGCAUGGCAGCAGGUCACAUGACUUGGAUCAUGGAUCACGUGUUCAAACUUACUCACUUCGGAUGGAUCUGUGGUCAACAUGGGGACUUCUUUCUUAAACAGCCUUGCAAAACGGAAUCGGAAAGACAAGAACAGAUUAAAAACUUCAGAACACAUCUACAAGAAGUGUAUACAAAAACACAGAAGAAAUGGAUGGUCUUAUUUCCAGAGGGAGGGUUUCUUUCCAGCAGGAAACCCGGAAGUCAGAGAUUUGCCAAGAAAAAUGGGUGGCCAGUAUUUGAAAACGUUGCAUUACCUCGUUUAGGAAUUGCUCAGACUAUUAUGGAUGAACUGACACAACAGAAAGCUGAUUCUAACAUGAAUGAAAACCCUGGUCAACUCAAAUGGAUAAUCGACAUGACCAUAGCCUACCCUGGAGGAAAAGCACCCAACGCCCUCGCUCUCAUAUUCUCUACGUGGAAAUAUCCGCCUAUCCAUGUGCACUAUCGUGUAUUCGAUAUCAAUAAAAUCCCCUCAGAUUCAACAAGCUUUACAAAGUGGAUGUAUGAGAGAUAUGGUGAAAAGGAUACCUUUUUGAAUGAGUACUACCAAACUGGGACCUUUAUGUCAAAGUUUCCAAAGACUGUCCAUACAGAUAAGAGGGGGGCAUUUGCUCACUUUGUAUUUUUUGUAAUUUGUAUGUAUUUGUCAAGUUCAUUCGUGUACUCUCCAGUUUUAUCCUUGAUAGGUGUUGAGGUUGUGGCUUUAAUCAUUGCAUGUUAUAUGGUGUAUUUUGUUUAUAACUUUGUACAAUACUUUAUACACAGUUGGCCGUCAUCAAAUGAAUGAGAUUCUUGAAAUAUUUACACCCUGUGUCUGGUAUCAGCUUAAUAUCAAUUUAUAUUAGUUAUCAAUUACAAUUACAAUUAAGAGGCUUCAUGAAGUUUGAUUUAGUAAUAUCUCCACCAUCAAAAUAAUUCUAACUUCAGUAAAAAAAAAAAAUUAGAAAUCAGACAGCCUAUCAAAUAUAUCGUUAUUGAAACUUGUAGCACAUCAUAAUGACCGAUGUGGUCAAAGUGGGCGGGUUGACACACGGCGGACAGGUGGAUUAAUAAUGGUGUUUAUAUCAACAUAUAUUUCAACGUGUAUAUUUUUUUGCAGCAAGUCUUGCAAUUUCCGCGAAGAAGCCCUAUCUAUAACUUAUGUUAGAUAUACCACAAAGCUUUCAAAUACUCUAAUCUCUGAUGGACCUUUGUUACGGCACCGUUUGGUCGCCGACGACCAUUCGUGCCGCACGUUUGGUCGCCGGCGACCAUUCGUGCCACACGUAUCGUCGCCGGGCGUCCGAACGUGCCGUGAGGG